CGUUGAGAGGAGUCUACAGAAGUGUGAAGACCCUUCUAGACCCACCAUGGCCUGUGGGUGUGCCUAAGUGGUGUUCUAAAGGUUGGAUGUGUCUUCCGCUAAGGGGAAACUCUGCCGAAAUUUCGUGGACGCCGACACUUGUGAAAAUAUCGAGGGAGCUGAGUGUGGACAGCAAAGGGGGGCUGAAAUUCGUCAUUUCUCAAGGAGAAGAUGAAUGAGAGAGGAGGAGAUGCUAAUGGAAGAGGAGCUGUAGCUGAGAAGACAAGUGAACCGCCGCCAUCAAAAGUUGAAGCUUUGGAUGGCUCCAACUAUGAGGAAUGGAGCGGACGGAUGAGGAGUGCCUUCAAACGCUACAAGCUCCUGAAGAUUGCUGUUGGGGAAGAGAAGAUGCCGGAAGAAGGCGAAGCACGAGAAAAGGGGGAAGUUGGAGGCUUCUGGAAGAUGGGGUGUGCACUUGGGGAUUGCAACGGAUCACAAGGGGUGGCUGCUAUGGGACUUGACCACCCAGAAGUUGACAGUAUGGACAUUGUGACUGCCUUUCUGAAUGGGAUCAUUCUGGAGGAGGUGUACAUGAAACAGCCAGAGGGGCUGGAUGACGGGAGCGGCAGGAAUUUCGGAUUUAUAUUUUGAGUAAUUCUAGCUCCUAAGUUCACCUAGACUCUGUCCUUAAUCCUAACAGGU